UGGCACUAGCAAUUGAGCCUUGAUGCAUCCACUUGGACUGUGUAAUAGCAAUGAUGAGGAAGACCUGUAUGAGUAUGGCUGGGUCGGAGUGGUGAAGCUGGAACAGCCAGAGUUGGAGCCAAAGCCAUGCCUCACUGUCUUAGGAAAGGCAAAACGAGCAGUACAGCGAGGAGCCACAGCGGUCAUCUUUGAUGUUUCUGAAAACCCAGAUGCCAUUGAUCAGCUGAACCAGGGUUCAGAGGACCCUCUGAAGAGACCAGUGGUGUAUGUGAAGGGUGCUGAUGCUGUCAAGCUAAUGAACAUAGUUAACAAGCAGAAAGUGGCACGAGCAAGGAUUCAGCAUCGCCCCCCACGGCAACCCACCGAGUACUUUGAUAUGGGAAUUUUCCUGGCCUUCUUUGUGGUUGUGUCUCUUGUUUGCCUCAUUCUUCUUGUCAAGAUCAAACUGAAGCAGCGACGUAGUCAGAAUUCCAUGAACAGGCUUGCAGUGCAAGCAUUGGAAAAAAUGGAGACCAGGAAGUUUAAGUCCAAAAGUAAGGGACACCGGGAGGGUAGCUGUGGAGCACUGGACACACUCAGUAGCAGCUCCACCUCUGACUGUGCCAUCUGCUUGGAGAAGUACAUUGAUGGGGAGGAACUGCGUGUCAUUCCCUGCACUCACCGAUUUCACAAGAAAUGUGUGGAUCCAUGGCUACUGCAGCAUCAUACCUGCCCUCACUGCCGCCAUAACAUCAUAGAACAGAAGAAGGGAAAUGCAGGUCCAGUCUGCCUGGAAUCCAUCAACCCAGCCCGCAGCCGGCAGCAGAGGGUGAUUCUGCCCGUCCAUUACCCAGGCCGGGUGCACAGAGCCAACCCGAUAACAGCGUAUCCCACGCGGACAAGCAUGGACCCUCACGGAAACCCUAUUACAGUGCUUACAGUCGAGCGACAUGGCGAACAGAGCCUCUACCAAGCCCCGUCCCCAGCCUAUAUCCGGAGCUACCAGCCUAUUCAUUUGGACCAUGCUUUAAACACGCAUCACUGCAGCCUGGAGCAUAGGGCUUACUCUCCAGCUCACAACUUCCGAAGACCCAAGUUUGGUGGACGCAGCUUCUCCAAAGCGGCGUGCUUUUCCCAGUACGACACCAUGUAUCAGCACUACUACUUCCAAGGCCUUAGUUACCCUGAGCAAGAUGGACAGCUUCCAGCUGGCAUUUCCUCAAAGGGUCCUUCCCGUGCCUUUCAGCCUGGUAGCAGCAUGCUUUUCCCUCCUGUGGUACACGUAGUGCCCUCAUCCCGCUUGGAGAGCUGCAGUACCUCCAGCUUCAGCUGCUAUCAUGGCCAUCGUUCAGUGUGCAGCGGGUAUUUGGCCGACUGCCCUGGGAGCGACAGCAGCAGCAGCAGCUCUGGUCAGUGCCACUGCUCCUCUAGUGAUUCCAUGGUUGACUGCACCGAGGUCAGCAACCAAGGGGUUUACGGGAGCUGCUCCACGUUUCGCAGCUCUUUGAGCAGUGACUAUGACCCCUACGUUUACCGCAGUAAGAGCCCUUGCCGAGCGGGUGAGGUCGGUGGCACAACCAGGGGUGCAGUUGUUCUCUUGGAGGGGCCCCCCCAGGACGAGCUUCCAGCCCCCAGUCACAGUCUGAUGGGUGCUGACUGCCGGCCUAUGCCAUCUUCUUCCUCAGGGGACCAACUGUCUAACUGCAGCAUGGAUAUGAACUACAGCAGUAAUUCCUCACUGGAGCACAGGGAUCCAAAUGGCACUACCUCAGAGGGAGGACACGAGGCCACUCCCGGUGCUGCCUUGGAUGUUAAAAGGAACUGGAAGAAUCCCGAGAUAGCGGGGCCGCUCGUGGAGCAAGCGUGCGCGUGCUGCUUUGAACUCCAGCACUCUGCCCUGGAGCCCAGCAGCGGCACGGCCGACUGCAGCGCGCUCUUCCUCACCCCUCCGCUCUGGGGGACGUGUGGCCCUGGGAUAGAACCACAGUCAGGGAGCACCCCGGGCUUGUACAGUAUUAACUCAGACCACUUACAUAGGACAGAUGGGGUGAAAUACGAGGGGUUGCCCUGCUGCUUUUAUGAAGAGAAGCAGGUAGCCUGUAGUAGCAACAGUGGCAGUGGAGGUGGUGGCUGCUAUACAGAAGACUAUGCAGUGAACGUGCAGUACACGCUUCCUGAUGACACCUUGCCAAGCUGCUGUAAGGGUGUAUGUGAUCUGGGUCAACGCAUUCCCAUAAUUCCUGAAGACAGAGACUGUGAGCUGAUCCUACCUACAGAGUGCCAAGGGACCCACGCAGGAGGCUGCAGUUCCUGGGAUGGAACACCUGAGCUAGAUACUUACCUGCAAUGCCAAGGUCUCGGAGAGGUACAGGACGAGAGGGAGGUGUGCUACGAGGCAACAUCAUUCCUACGGCAGAACUACUCUCAGGAGGAGGAAGCUGGAAUGUUCUUCCCCGGUCCCACUCCCAACUCCCAGAAGCUGAUGACAACCACAAUGGCCACAGGUGCUGGAUCUCAUCCCUUGGAGAGAAGCCAAAUCGGUGACUAGACCUGUCCAGAUGAUCCCAGAUGGAGAAGCAGAGCUUAUCAGAGACUCCAAAUUCUCAUGGACUUAUUUUUUUUUAAGCUUUGAUAAACACACAAAAGUGGUAAUGUGGAGAAGUCCCUCCCACACUUCCCAUACUCUUUCUCUGAGUCCACAUCAGCUUGAUUAUCUCCUUUGUCCCUCUUACCUGAAGCCUUCAGGCCUCCAUUUGUGUUCAAAGCCCGUGUGGGACAUGGUGUGGAGCAUUUCUGAGCUCUAGUGUCAUUUCUAUAUUAAUGACAAAGUGUUAUUUAUAUUUUCUUUUUAGAAGUGACCGUGUCAGCUCUUGCUGAGGGGUAACACGGUGUGUUAAAUAAGCCAGGCUAUGUAUAGAUGCUUAUCUCCUACUUAAAGGAGUCCAGCCUUCGAUAAGCUCAGGGCUACACCUGCCUUAGAAACCAGAUAGCACCUUGAAAUAUAGUAGUCCAGAGGGAUGCAGCUGCUGAAUGGAUGCUCAGAUACCGACUAGUCCUAGUAGCCAGCAAGUUAUAUGAGCGCUUUUGAGGGAGGUGAAGCGUGGGACUGUCUCCUUUCUCUUCCUUCCUCCCCCUUUCGUGCUGCUCUGAUGAUUUGGCUGAGAAGGGUCUCCUGCCAUUAUGAUUAGUUUUAACAGAGUGAGGGUAGGGAAACUGGUAGCUGAGAAUGUUCUCGUCCUUGCUUCCUGCUAAACCAUGGACCUCAUUGUAUCUUCUGACUGGUGAAGCAUGCUGGGGACCCUUCCCUCAAACAUGCUAGAAGAAAGUGCUUGGAAAAGGUAAUACCUUUGUAGGUAACGAACCUUGCCUUCCCACAGGAAGUUUUUCAGGCACCUGUAGCCCCUGUUACGGCUGUGAGGAAUGCUGACAUGUGCAGGAAAACAGCUUGCAGGGGGCUUGCAGCUUGGCUGGCUCAUUUUGGAAGCGGGUCAGGAGGUGUCUUACUUCCUUACAGACUGCAGGCAUGCCUAGGGGAAGCAGUGCUUGUCACCUUUUGUGCAUGUGGGAGAGUGAGGGACUUGAUUUAAUCAUUUCUUCUUUGCUGUGGUUGAUGUAGCUUCCAUAGAUGGAUCUGUUUUAAAGGUUUCUUGGGCCCAGCCAGUUGUGUUUCAUUUUUGUCUUGUGUACAGAGUGCUCUCUGUACCCCAUUAGCCUGGGCACAUACUUUUGUUCUUGUUCUUGUACUAGUGGGGAUGUUUGUUAUCAUGAGAUAAUAUAUGUCGUCACUUCUGAUAGCAAUUGUUUCCUGUGGAAACAGCAGCUUCUGAGUAAGAGGCUACCAUAGCGUGGUUUAAAUUGCCUGUCAUGCUGCAUGUGCCUGAGGACACAGUGUCAUCCUGUCUGGUGUAUUCACAGCAGGAAUUCUCCUAAAGGGAAACUAAUUAUUUAAUGCCCACAGUGCCAGUCUUCUGAAAAGAUUUGUCCAAAGUUCCAUACACUUUGGAGAUACUUAAAAAGACAUGAAAAAGAGAUAUACACCUCAUGUUACAUUUUCUGCCAAAGUAAUGUCCUUGACAUCACCAGGCUGAUUGUGAGAACCAGCAAAGUUAAUUUGUCUGCUUUAUGGUCACAAACUAAACAUUUUAAAAGAAACAUCUAAGAACAGAUAGAUUCAUCUGUUUACUUUUACUUUCUGUAUUCAGUAAGUUAGGAAAAAUUUAAAGGAAUUAACAUUAAAUAUUUUUAAAUGAACACACACAGCUGUUCAGAGAAUUAGUACAAGGCAAUAUCUGGGUAUAAGGUCAAAAGAAGAAUUCCAAUAAACACAUUUUCUGUGUAUAAAGCUUAUUGAAAAAAUAUUCAUUCUCUGAAUGACUGAAUUGGUAAGUGUCGGGAGAAUAAACUCUAAAGGUUUGGGUUUUUUUCUUUGGUUGUUUUUUUUAAGUCUUACCUUUCUCCUUCCUCCUCAAAAGAAAUGCAUUGUAUGACUGUGGUAUACUACCUUGGCUAUUCUGCUUGGUGUUUUGUGAGGCACUGUCUAAGGCCACCUGAGAUGCAUUAUGCUCUAUAACUACACAGCAUGUUGUGGUAAAAUGUGGUUAUAAAAAAGAAAUUUUAAUAUUCUGGCUCAUGGUGUUCCUGGAUGUACUGGUCUCAUUCACAUUUUCUGGAAAUCUCUGCCAGUGCAACAGUCUCUGCAGGCCUUACCACAGAGGUGCCCUACACCUGCUUUCUGUGUUCGGUUUUGUAUUCAACAUCUAGUUAAUUCCCUGCUACCUGUAUGUCCAUACAGACUUACAGGCUAGCUGGCCAUGGUAGAAGGUUUUUAUAACAAACUGUCUUUUUACUACUUACAUGAACAGUUUUCAUUGUGUUUGGCUCAUGAGGCACUAUUUAAAAUGUUUUUAAUUAAAGUUAUAGCACUUAAAUUGUUUUGUAUAAAAUUUGCUGUAAAGAUUUGUAAUAUGGUCAAAGGGCUCUUUCUCCUUCAUUACCAUUUUAAAAAAUGUUUUAAAAGCUAGAAAACAUCUUGUAUAUAUUCUGUAUAUGUAUAGCAGCACAUUUCAUCUAUGGAAAUAUGUUCUCAGAAUAUUUAUUUACUAAUAUAUUUAUCUUAAGCCAUGUCUUAUGUUGAGAGUGUGUGACAUUAUUGUAAUAAUCAUUGAAAAUCACUAACAUGAGGCCCUGUAAAUACAUGAUAAUUGCACACAAAGAUUUUACAAUACUUGCCGACCAAAAAUGAUUUAAGAAAAGUUGUAGUUACCUGCAGUUUUGUAAGAAAGUGUACAAAUGUCUGUAUU